AUGGCGACAAAUGGCGACUCGAGCGCUGCACCAACAGCACAAGAUUUUCCACCUUCCAGCAGUCAACCACAUCAACAGUCAGCUCGACCACCACCAGCAGAGCCCCCAACCAUGGAGCGGCAUCGGCAGGCUGUGGCCAAGAUCGCCUCGUCCGUGGCGCGCUUCUUUGAGCGCAAGGAGCCCUACCGCAUCUUCCAUGGCUCGACCAACACCACCCGCCCACUGCAGCACAAGCGUCACGUCGACAUCUCGGCCCUGAACAAUGUCCUGUCUGUAGACGUCGCCAAGCGCCGCGCUCUCGUCGAGCCCAACGUUCCCAUGGACCGCCUCGUUGAGAGCACGCUCCGCCACGGCCUGGUGCCGCCCAUCGUCAUGGAGUUUCCUGGAAUCACGUGCGGAGGAGGCUUCGCGGGCACCGGAGGCGAGAGCUCUAGUUUUCGGCACGGCUACUUUGACGACACUGUCGAGAGUGUCGAGAUGGUCCUGGCCGAUGGGGAGGUUGUGCGUGCGUCCAGGAAUCCGGAUGAGAAGCCGGAUCUGUUUCGCGCCGCCGCCGGCUCCGUGGGAACCCUGGGCAUCACCACCGCUCUCGAGCUGCGGCUGUUGAAGGCGAAAAAGUACGUCCGCACCACGUACCGCCGAACCCACAGCGUUGCCGAGGCCAUUCGUGCCGUCAAGGAGGAGAUGGCCAAGCCGGAAAACGAUUACGUCGACGGCAUCCUCUUCAGCAAGGACCACGGCGUCAUCGUUACCGGGUCCAUGACGGACGAAAAGCCAACCGGCGAAAAGGUCCAGACCUUCAGCGGAGCUUGGGAUCCGUGGUUCUACCUGCACGUUCAGGACCGCACCAAGGCGCUGCCGCCCGCUCCCGCCGCCGCACAAACGCCGGCAUCCUCAUCCCUAUCAUCGCCUUCGCCAUCAUCCGUCACCGAGUACGUCCCGCUGGCAGAGUACCUCUUCCGGUACGACCGCGGCGGUUUCUGGGUCGGGCGCGCCGCCUUUGAGUACUUUUUCAUGGUGCCCUUUACGCGCCUGACGCGCUGGUUCCUCGACGACUUUCUGCACACGCGCAUGAUGUACCGCGCCCUGCACGCCUCGGGCCAGUCGCAACGCUUCGUGGUCCAGGACCUGGCCCUGCCUUUUGAGACGGCCGAGCGCUUCGUCGACUACACGGCCGACAAGUUCGGCAUCUGGCCGCUGUGGUUGUGCCCACUGAAGCGACGCGCCGGCCCGACCUUCCACCCGGUCACGAUGCCGCCGUCCAAGAAGAAUGGCGCCGCGGCGGCCGAGGCCGAGGCCGACCCCAUCGACGACGAGCAGAUGCUCAACAUUGGGCUCUGGGGCCAGGGCCCGACCGACGCUGCGGCCUUUGUGGCGCUCAACCGCGACCUCGAGGCCAAGCUCGAGGAGCUCGGCGGCCAAAAGUGGCUGUACGCGCACACGUACUACGCAGAGCCAGACUUUUGGCGUGCCUACGGCGGCAGGGACUGGUACGACCAGCUGCGCAACAAGUACCGGGCCGCGGCGCUGCCGAGCGUCUACGACAAGGUCAAGGUCAAGGUCGCGACCGAGCAAGACGGCGCCAAGCUCGGGUUCGUGCAGCGCGCCACGCGCAUAUGGCCGAUCGGUGGCUUCUACGGCAUUUACAAGAGCAUCAAGAGCAGGGAUUACCUGCUUCACCGGAAUGCGCUGUGGAAGUGGAAGGGGGAGGAAGAUACCCUUGGGGCGAAGAAGAUUGAGGCGGCUGAGGCGGAACGGUCAUGA